UUUUUUUUCUGUUAUGUCACAAGCUCGCAUGUGCUGAUCACAGCAGAACUCGGGGCAAAUGACCAUCUUUAAGUGACAUAAUUGGAGGAAAUAGAGAAGUUGGUGAACGUUGGUGGUUUUCAAUCGGGCAGAGGAAUUGCUUAAAUUCGAGGCUCCUCCAGUCUCCGAAAGACUUGUGCCAUUUAUUCCCUCUCCAACAAAAAAUCAGCGGCAUGCCUGAGCCAUCCACGUACGAAUAUUUCAAAGACUGCUCAGAGGUGAAAGAGCAGAGAACAGAAGCUGAACGGAAACGUGAUGUGGAUAAAGCAUGGCCAAGUGCUGAUUGUUUCAGCAAAAGGACGUGGUUGCUGCUUAUCUUUGUCCUCGUGGUUCUUUCGACCUUCUUCGCCACAUUGAGCCUCAUCAUAGUGACAGUGAAAGUUUCAGGGAUGUAUUCCGAAAUGAAAGAAGUCCAGGACACGCUGAUGCUGCAGCUUUCACAGUUCAAGGGAAAUGUAUCCGAAGAGGGUCAGAGAAAUCAAAUGGCUGGUGAACUGGCUGAGCUGAAAACUAUCGUGUUUGAAGAACUACAGAAAACUCAGAGUAACAUGACCGACCUGAACUCCAAACUGAAACUGGAAAUGUCUGCAGAACUACUGAAAAUGCAGGCUAACAUAACCAACGUGAUCUCCAAGCUGAAACUGGGAAAUUUCUCUUGGCUCGAGUGCCCCAGCGACUGGAUAUGGUUCAAUGCACACUGCUACUACUUCACAACAGUGUCAGGCUCCUGGCAUUAUGCCAAAGGGCAAUGUGUCGCCAUGGAUUCACAUCUGGUUGCCAUCAACAGCGCUACAGAGCAGAAGUUCAUUAAAAGAGAAGGAGUCCCUGAACGUUAUUGGAUUGGCCUGUCCGACUCGGAGGCUGAAAAGAAUUGGCAGUGGGAGGAUGGUUCAGACUACAGUUCAACACCAAAGUUCUGGGCUGCUGGUGAACCCAAUGAUGCCCACACGAGUGAAGACUGUGCCCACAUUGACAGCAGAGGAUAUUGGAACGACAUCAGCUGCACCACCAGGUUCAGAUGGAUUUGUGAGAAAAGCCUUACAUGAACUAUGCGACACUGGGCUUGAAAUUGCCACCAGCUGAUGUUGGCAGUCGUUCUAUUGACGAACUACAAUGUGUCAGGCAAAUAACAAUGCACCAAACUCUGAAGAAAGGUCUCGACUGGAAAUGUCACCCAUUCCUUCUCUCCAGAGAUGCUGCUGCCUGUCCCGCUGAGUUACUCCAGCAUUUUGUGUCUAUCUUCGGUGUAAACCAGCAUCUGAAGUUCCUUCCCACACAUUAUCUCAGCUGCUCCUCAUCCCUGUCAUCCCCAGUAGAAUUAGCGCAUUUUUUAUUAUACAUUUAAAAAAAAUUAUGAAAUAUGAGUGACAUUUAAUAUUCAGAUUCUAAUUAUCAUUUAAAAUAGACAUAGAAUAAUACAGCAUGGAGACAGGCCCUUCGGCCCGACUUGCCCAUGCCAACCUAGAUACCCAUCUAGUCUUGCCCAUUGAGAAAGUUAUAGUUAUAUAGCACAGAAAUAUAAGUGUGUAAGAAGGAACUGCAGAUGCUGGUUUACGCCGAAGAUACUGGUGUAACUCAGCGGGUCAGGCAGCAUCUCUGGAGAAAAGGAAUAGGUGACGUUUCGGGCAGAGACCUUUCAUCAGACAGAACUAUAGAUGUUCAAUAUUGAUGUGUUUUAAUUUGUCUAGAACUGGUGAAUCUAUAGAAUUAUUUGCUACAGAAGGCUGUGGAGGUCAGGUCAAUAGAUAAUUUCAAGGUUAUCAAAUAUCAAAGCAAUAUUUUUUUUAAAGGGAAGAUGCUUCCUGAUGGUCUGAUUAGUAUUUCUCCUACGCUCAGCUUUACUAACGACUAAUAUCUGCUUAAUUUCACAUGGUCCUUUGAUAGAGCUUACUGCGAAUAAAUUUGCUGUAAUGUUUGUUAGAUGAUAACAAUAAACAUGUUCAAAUAAAAGUACUUCAAUGGUUGUGAAA